GAACUGAACUCUCCUACUUCUACGUCCCCCCCUUUCCCCCCUUCGUGUUUCUGUCGAUGGCUGAAGCGAUAGCCAUUCCCGCCCCCCUUUUCCCCCUCUCCCUGCUUCGUAGAUGAAGCUACAAAAGAAGCUUGCGCGAAACAAUAAACGUUCACUCGUUGCCCUAGUCUGCGGUUGUCUGCGUAUGCUUGCCGUGGCUGCCCGGCUAGCUAUGUAACAGUGGCGACGAAGUCGGUUUUCGCUACCCACGGUACCUGACGGACUACGAGUCCUGGCGUCAGACGAACGAGGACCGACCACGAUGGCCUCCCUGCAGUUGCCGGAUUACGACGAAACGAAAGAUAAGUGGAAGCCUUACCUCGUCAGAGCAGAAGCGUAUUUCGAGGCGAACAGUGUAACGGACCCGGCUAAGAAGCGAGCACUACUAGUUUCGGCGUUGUCUAGUAAGACGGUCGAGGUGCUAGCCGGCAGAGUAGCCCCGCGUGCACCAAAUGAACUGACAUACAAGGAAGUCGUUCAGAGCUUGAAUGAGUAUUAUGACCCUAAGAAGCACGAGAUAACGGAAAGCUACAAGUUCUUCAAUCGCUCACAACUUCCAGGCGAAAGCGUUAGCGCAUUUCUCGUUGCUAUUCGCCGAAUAGCAGACAACUGCAAUUUCGGCACGUCUCUUGACCGCAUGCUUCGGGAUCGCAUUGUCUGCGGCGUACGCUCCGUGGCACUGAGGAAACAGAUGUUGGCAAAAAAGGAUUUAACGCUAGAAGAAGCCGAAGCAUUGGCACUGUCUGUCGAAGCAGCUGAAAAUGGUGCCGAAAGCAUGACCUCAGAAGCUACGCCCUUGCUUAAGCUACGCGCGUCCGAGGCCAACACUGUUAAAACAUCUCCGACUCGGCACGCGGCACAGCAUUGUGAUAGAUGCGGAAGCAGCAAACACGACGGCAACAGCUGUCGUUGGAUUAGAGCAAGGUGUUAUCGCUGCGGACGUCAUGGGCAUCUCGCAAAGAUGUGCCGCACAACCGCCAGUAAGAGCCGCGUCGCAACGCAUGCAGUGGAGGGAAGAGCUUUGACUCUCGAAGAAGCCGUAACUGAAGACGACGAUAAGGACGAGACACAUAUAUGGACCUUACUUUCUGCACGAAAAAGCCGCCUCGAGCCGCCGAUAAGGCGCAGUUUUUCAUGGAAUGGCGUACAACUUACAAUGGAAGUAGAUACUGGCUCGCCUGUCUGCGUAAUUUCCAAAAACGUGUUUGACAAGCAUCGCGAACAGUGGCCAGCGCUUAAACCUUCUCAGGUGAAGUUGUCAUGCUACGUUGGACCACUCCCAGUGAUGGGGGAAUUGCAACUUUGUGUGCAAUACAGGGCCGUCUCAGUUUACUGCCGUCUUAUUGUACUGAACUGCUCGGGACCUAACCUGUGUGGCCGGGAUCUGAUUUCCUUGCUCCACAGAGCGGGGGUUCCAGUUUUGCAGCCGUCGGCACAAGACUUGCUACACUCAACGCCAGAACCCGCUGGGGCAGUUCACAACAUUGUCGACGACUACCACGACGUCUUCUCCAAGGAUCUUGGCCUGAUCAAGGGGCCUCCAGCCACAUUGCAGCUGAAAGAGGGAGCGGUGCCGAAAUUCUGUAAGGCAAGAUCCAUACCUUACGCUCUAAGGGACAGGGUGACGCAAGAACUGGACAGGCUGGUAGCCAUCGGUGUACUUUCACCAGUCCAACAUUCCGAUUGGGCCACUCCCAUCGUGCCGGUACUUAAGAAAGACGGAACUGUUAGAAUUUGUGGUGACUUCAAAGCCACCCUAAAUCCAGCCUGUACAGUUGAGCAGUACCCUCUCCCAGUGAUUGAAGACAUGUUUGCAUCUCUAAACGGCGGGGAGUAUUUUAGCAUUCUUGAUUUGCGAGAUGCCUAUAAUCAAGUUCCUUUGGAUGAAGCCGCAAGGAAGCUCUGCGUCAUUAACACGCACAGAGGCUUGUUUUCGUAUAAUAGGCUUCCCUUCGGAAUAUCCUCUGCUCCGGCUAUUUUUCAAAGAAAAAUGGAUGCAAUACUGUCAGGUUUGCCAGGGGUUCAGGCUUACCUUGAUGAUGUACUGGUUUCGGAGGCUCGUGGCGAUGGGAGUGAACGCCUGAAGAGUGUGUUGCAACGGUUCCGUGAACACGGAGUUAAGCUAAGGUCUGAUAAGUGCAGCUUUAGACAGCCUUCUGUCACAUAUCUCGGCCAUCGGAUAGACAGAGAGGGUCUUCAUCCCACAGAGAAAAAUUUGGAAGCGAUCGCUCAGGCACCUCGCCCACAGAACGUGGCGGAGCUGCGUUCCUUUUUAGGAAUGCUGACGUUUUAUGCCAAAUUUCUUCCAAAUAUGUCCACUCUACUUUCUCCGCUCAACAAACUUUUGGAGAAGGGCACAGUAUGGCAGUGGGGGCGGCAACAAGAAGCUGCCUUUGAGAAAGCAAAAGACAGCCUAAUGCAAGCUCAGGUUCUUGUUCAAUUUGACCCGUUGAAAGAGUUGAAGCUCGAAUGUGAUGCUUCCCCUUACGGUGUGGGCGCGGCGCUUUUUCACACGAGUAACGGCAUGCCAAAACCCAUUGGGUUCCGGUCCCGUACACUGACGGCCGCCGAGAAAAAUUACUCUCAGCUGGAAAGAGAGGCCCUGGCUUUAGUGUUUGGCGUCACUAAGUUUCGUGAUUACCUUUUAGGUCGCCAAUUCACUCUCGUGACGGACCACCAGCCCCUCUUGAGCUUGUUGCAAUCCGACCGCCCGACGCCACCCCUGGCUGCAGCACGUAUCCAGCGCUGGGCACUGUACUUGGGUGGCUACCGCUACAAGCUGCAAUACACGCCGGGAAAACAGUUGCUCAACGCGGACGCCCUGAGCAGGCUGCCACUGCGGUCUACGGAGGCUGAUGACGUGGACUCGCCGCCGGCAUCAGAUGACUGGGUGGUCCCCAUAGAAAGCAACGUGUACGUGCGGAACUACGGUGUCGGAGAAAAGUGGACACCAGGGCGUGUGCAGUCCACUGCAGGAUCCCGAAUGGUGACCGUCCAAACUCCUCAUUCUGUAGUCAGACGCCACGUUGACCAAGUGCGCCCUCGACAAGCAUCGCAGUCCCCAUCGCCGGGCUCUGCAUCCUUAUCAGAGUCUAAUAUGUCCAUGCUGCCGAAACGAUCGCCGGGGCCCUCAACUACAAGCUCCACCGUGCUGCCUCCAGAAGCGCUCACUACCGCAAGCCCCCACGACCAUCCAGUGCCAACCAUGCCACAGGCCGGUCCUACACAAGCGGCGACCCCAAGCGCGGAACCAGUGCUUCGGCGUUCUACCAGACAACGCAAGCCAGUACAACGGUUCCAUUUUUAAGAAGAGAGAAGUGUUGCGAACUGAACUCUCCUACUUCUACGUCCCCCCCUUUCCCCCCUUCGUGUUUCUGUCGAUGGCUGAAGCGAUAGCCAUUCCCGCCCCCCUUUUCCCCCUCUCCCUGCUUCGUAGAUGAAGCUACAAAAGAAGCUUGCGCGAAACAAUAAACGUUCACUCGUUGCCCUAGUCUGCGGUUGUCUGCGUAUGCUUGCCGUGGCUGCCCGGCUAGCUAUG